AUGAAAAUAUGAGUGCCGAUAUUGAAGAUGAUGACUCAUAUACUUUUGAGCUUACACAAAUUGUUACCAGACUUGAGAAUGCAAUUGAAAAUGAAAUCAAUGAUCUUAUGAAUGAUGAUACCAUAGAUGAGUUUGAAAAUGAAACUGAUGGAGAAACUGAAACUGAAAUUGAAACUACAAAUAACAGGAACAAAAAAAAAACAAAAGUCAAUAAAAAUAGUCGAACAAAAAAAAAUAACAAUACAUCUCAAUCCUCAAAUUUGUUUGACUUACCAUUACCGCCACUAUUUCAAAAACUUCAACAUACAAAACCAUAUCAUUACUCUCAAAUAAAAUUAUCUGACAAAUUUGGUAUUGAUUUGCAGCUAAAUAUGAUUGUUGAAAAUACAAAUUAUUAUGCAGUAGCAAAAUCAGCAGGUAAAGGCCAUGAGUGGGUUUCUUUAACAACAGAAGAAUUAUUAAUAUGGUUGGCUUUAAUAAUUUAUAUGGGUGUUUUCAAAUUGCCAAGUAGAGAAGAUUAUUGGAAAAUGGAUUGGAAAUAUCCACAGCAUAAAAUUACUAAAUAUAUGACACUA